CCAUAGUGUACAUUUAGUGCACACCUGCCGGCAUAUAGAUACAUCAAAUCAAGAUAUGUAUAUCAUUCUUCAUCUAAAUAUUUUUGUAGAUAUUUUCAAAAUGUUGGCUUUAUUAUUUUAUUUUGAAUGGUAUUUUUAAUACAUAUUUAAGCCAUUAAAAAUGUCACGUGGGUACUACUGGCAUCAAGGAAGUUUAUUUCAGAUGUGUGGCAAUGAGGAGAUAUAUCACCAUGCAGCCAGUGUGUUUGAUGUCAGUGCUGUGUAUAUUUGUGACGUUUGGCGAGUGUAAAACACCGGGACUUCAGACCAGGAUUACAGAAAAGGCACUUAAUUACGCUACCAAUGUUGCAUUGGAGAAAUUAUCCAAACAGGUGACCGGUCAGCUUAUACCGGAUCAACAUGGCAGUUCUGGGGACGUCAAGUUCGACAUCACGGGAAUGAAGGUGACUGAUUUCAACAAACCUAACAGUAAAGUUUCUAUGAUCCAAAAUGUUGGCCUGGCGUGGAUUACCAGUGGAACCAGCUUGUCUGUCCAUGGCAAUUUUAAAUACAAAUAUAGAAAAGGAAUCAUCAAGAUUUCUGACUCUGGAAGUUUUGACUUGAAGACUAGAGGUAUUGAUUUCCACAUCAAGAUAGAAAUCGGAAUGGAUAAACACGGACGUCCCACGAUGAGAUCUGUGGAUUGUAGCUGUAGUGUAGCCUCAGCGGACAUCAGGUUCCAUGGCGGCGCUGCAUGGAUUUACAACAUGUUCUCUGGAAUGCUUGAAGGCAAACUGAAAGAUGUGGUUGGUGGAGGCAAUGGGAUUCUUUGUAAACAGCUAAAUACCCUUGUAAAUGUAAACGGUGUAAAGACCUUGGAGAAACUGCCAGUAACUGUGGAUAUUGCGAAGGAAUUACUGGAUUACAGAUUCUUGUCAGGGCCUUCAUUCCAACCCACGUUUAUGGAGACGUACCAUAGGGGAGAAGUGUAUUGGGAGGCCAGUAUUAGGGAGGCACCAUUUUCCGCCCCACCUCUUUUAAAAUCAUCUGACACGUCUAGAAUGAUGUAUAUAUGGCUGUCGGAUUAUUUGUUCAAUUCCAUGUCUUACAAUGCAUACAAAUACGACAAACUUCAGUACAAUGUUACAAGCAAAGAUCUUCCAUCGGGCGUACUCAAUACAACGUGUCCCAAAUCAACAUGCAUUGGAAAAUUGAUCCCUGAAAUUGGUAAAACAUUCCCAAAUACCGACGUAAAGUUACUCAUGAAGGCCUCGGUUAUGCCGAACACGACAGUUGUCAAUAAUGCUACUGUGGUGAAUGCCUCCGGGGACAUCCUUUUCUUUGCUAGAUACCCCGGUGCAAAGAACAGCACCUAUUUCUUAACGCUGUCGGCAACGAUGUCAACAACAGUCUCCUUCAUGAUACAAAACCAGAAAGUACAUGCCAAAGUUCUCAAGUUACCAGUAACUGUGAAAGUGAAAGAUUCCAAAAUCGGCCAACUGUCACCUCAGGCAUUAAAUUUCAUCACCAAUAGUGUUGUGUCUGUGUUUGUCGAGCCUAAACUAAACGAACUAGGAAGAGCAGGAUUUCCUCUACCUGUCAUCGAUUCUGUACAUUUCAUUAAUACACAAUUGACUGUUGCCAAGGACACCCUUUUGAUUGCAACGGACCUGAAGUAUAGCGGCUGAAAAGUUUUUGUAUUUUCUAAAAGGACUCAAAGAUUGAAUUUCUGACAGGGACACAAAAUUGUACAAAGAUUAUGUUUGCAUUUACAGUUUGUUCUUUAUAUCUAUACAUUUAUUUAUAUAUUUUUUACACUUACCAGUCGCGGUAGACUAGUGGUUAGGGCGUUCGAUUUGGAACCGGAAGUCCCGGGUUCAAUCCCGGAACUGCGUCAGACAGAAGACGUUUAAAGCUAACUGGGAUAUUGACUAUUCCUCCACCAAGCACCCUACAUUAAAUUAUACGAUUUGU